AUGUCAGGCGCCAAGUCAUUCCUGGGCCAGGCAGUUGCCAGGUACGAUGUGGAUGAGCUGGACGAGCUGGGGAAGAGCUCGAAGAGGGAGAGCUACGUGGAGGUCAAGCGUCCAGAUGGGACCGUUGCCAAGGCCCGUGGGGAGCGCACCUUCUACGGCGCCUUCGAGGGCGGCUUCAGCGCCGGCUACUGGGGCACUGUAGGGAGCAAGGAAGGCUGGGAGCCAGCUUCCUUCAGCUCCAGCCGGUCCAAGCGUCAUGCUGAUGCUGCUCCGCGAGUGGAGGACUACAUGGAUGAGGAGGACUUGCGUGACCAUCGAUCUUCUCGCAAAACCAUUGCCGCCCGUGAUGAGUUUGCUGCCCGCGACCAGAACCCUCGCGCGGCCGGUUCAGCAGCGCUGCCGGCCGGCGUCUCGCGGGACUUGGAGGAGGAGAUUUUCACCGGAGAGGAGCGGCUGGGCACGCGACUGCUGCGUGCGAGUAUCCUGCCCGGGGAGACUCCGCAGCCCGCCGCUGCGGCGCCCUCUGCGCCCACGGGAAAGAAGUCCUACGGCUGUGCUCCGCCACCUCCAGGCUACAAAGCUCCGGCGACGGAAAGUGUGGAGAUUGAGGACGGAGGUCCGCUGACGGUUGUGCCCAAGAGGCUAGCUGCGGGACUCCAUGUCUCUCAGGCCCCGGCAAUCCACCGGGAGCUCGAGGCGGAGCUGGAGCGGCUCUGGCGCAGCAAGACUGACCUGCAUGGGUUGGGCUAUUUCAUGGGCGCUGGCUCUGGCUCUGGCUCUGGGAGCUGUAUACCAAGCAAUCGCCGGCUUUACAUGUCAGCUGCCAGAGGAAAAAACAUGACUGCAUCCAUGAAGGCCAUUGGCUACUCGCAGUUUGGUACAGGCGUUCUGGACCAGGAUGAAUAUGACGCCUGGGAAGAGGUCUACGAGCAUGAAAGAGACAAGCGAGUGCAGUACCAUGCCUCCCUGAAGGAUGAGGAUGUGGAGGAAGAGUCUCAUGUCGCGAUGAUUGACGACAUCCGCCCCCAGGCGUCUGGCGAACGUGCAGCAGUAGGGGAGGUCACCGGCUUUGUGGAGGCUGAGCACCCUGACAAGGAGACUCGGGACUUCUCGCGGUGGCACCCGCCGCCGGUGCCUCGCAACUACAAGGGCGUCCACCUCAUCGACGUCUCCCCGUUGCAGGAGGCGCAAGAAGGCAGCGAGGAGCACAAGAGGCUGCUCGAGUUCCAAGAUAAGCACGGCCAGCAGCGGCUCCUAGACCCGCGCUUCCGCGCCGAGAUGCUGGGCGAGAAGACCCGGGCCAAGCCGGAGGCGGAGCUGGCCCCAACUCCUGCUGGGCCGCCCACCGAGGAGGACCGGCAACGCUCCAUCCAGCGGUCCGCCGAGCCUCUUUGGCAAGCUGUGCCGGAGCACCAAAAGCAGAAUCUGCUGAAUGCUCUCGGGCGCAAGUUCGUGGUAGGCCAGACGCAGGACAUGGACGGAGCCAACGCGCGGCAUGAGCCCUUCAAGAGCGACCCCAGCAAACAGAAGCGCUACGUGAAGUUCUGCUUGGCCAUGGAGGGCAAGGUUGCAUUCUCGGAGGCUCUGAAGGAAGCAGAGGGGCUCACGCAGGCUGUGCGCGACGCGGAGCUGGCGGAGUUCGGGCGAGUGUAUCGCUGCUUCAGGCAGGAGAAUCCCACUGCGGACAUCGCCAAAGUCCUGGAGAAGGAAGCUGAUUCGGCACCACCAGUGGUUCGAAGGACGGUGACUCCGUGGGUGCCGGACAAGCUGCUCUGCAGACGCUGGGGUGUGCCCGAGCCGCGUCCCAGCGGCUUCAGUGACCAACCAGCUGCUGAACCCAAAAAGCAGCAGAAGAAAUACAGCGAGCAGGUGAAGGCCAAAGAUGCCGCCAAGCCUGCCAAGGCGGAUGGCCCGGGAGGAAAUGAGAUGGAUUUGGUGGCAGGUAGCUUUAGGCUGAAGGGCACAGAGUGGCCGACCCAGCGCCGAGCCUCGCCGCCGCUGCCUCAGGGAGGUUACAGCGGCUGGCGAGCUGACGCGUCCACCGAAGCCGGCGUGGAAAUCAACUGGGAGGCUCUGUCCCAAGACGACGCUGAGUUGUUCCAGUCCCUGCAAUCUGCGGUGGAGGCGCUGGGUGAAGAGGCCACGCCGGACCAUCCCAUGGUGGAGGUCAGGGACAAGCUGGCGACGGCUUUUCGGGACAAGGCCGCCUUGCUAAAGCGGAAUUGGACAGAUGAGAUGUUCCAGGAAGGUGAAGAGAUGAACGAAGAGAAGGUGGCUGAGAUCGAGGCCGCCAUGGCCACUGAUCUGGGCCGAUCCGGGGGUGGUUUGCAGAAUGGCCAGAACUUGGGGAACGCCUUAGACUUGGUGGGUGUGUACAUGAAAAACUACAAGCUGGACAAAGCCGAUGCCGUCCUGGCUCGAUGUGGCCCUUUCGUGUCCAGUCGAGGUGGCGUAUGGAUGAUCAAGUGGCUCAACCACGUCUCUACGGUGCGGAUGAAGCAGAGCCGGCACCUUGAGGCCUUGGAAAUGCUCUAUGAGUUGGAGCUCUACAGUCCCUACAAUGCAGAGGAGGCACCGGAAUUCUUUGCCACGCUGUACCGGAACUUGGCUUGGGCGCUGAAAGCUUUGGGCCGGCUCGAGGAGGCGGCCGUGUACUUUGCCAGGAUGGCAUCUGCCUCCCAGCAGGCAAAGGGUACCUUGGACUGGUUCGACCAGUGGGACAUCGGAAAGCUCGCCGCGGCGCGCGGCUUCCGAGACGGCGACAUGGACGAGUUCUACCGGGGGCGCGCCCAGGUGGAGACAGCCCUGCAGCUGCAGAUCGAGCAGGAGCCAGAUGACCUCGUCAUGCGGGCCAAGGUCCAUGACUCCUUGGCUGAAUGCUACAUGGUGGUCAAGGAGUACCCCAAAGCGCACGAGCAUUAUGCAGCCGCCUACGACCUCCUGUUGCGGACCGUAGGCCGCCAGUCGCCGCUUUUUGGAAAGCAAGCGCGGCAUGCUGCCAACUUGCAGAUCGCGCAGGGCUUCCAUUCGGAGGCUUUGCCAUUCCUUGGCGAAGCACUGGAGGUGGAAUCCAGCAAGGAUGCUGUUAAUGCCUCUGAGUUGUUGGAAUUGGUGGACGUCAUUGUCAACGCACAGCAGCGGGCUUCUUCCGACACCAUGGCCAGCUUGCCAUCGAAUCACAGAGCUUUGAAAAGACUGCAGCAAAAUCUCAAAGAACGUGGCCUGGAUGGCACAACGGAAUAUGCCAUCCUUUGCCACAAGAUGUCGCUGCUGUACCUUCACGAAGGACAGGCGGACCCCAACGCCGUCAGGAGAAGAUGGCCACAGCUGGAUCGACCGGAGGCGUUACUGGGUAUGGUCCCCGAGGACAGCCAUCAUCCAGGCGCGCUCCGCAAGGUGGGCCACGUGGACUCCCACAUGGCCUCCCGCACGCGGCGCGGGGGGCAGUCCGCCCCGCGGUUCGGGCGGGCCCGGGAAGUGGAGGAGAAGGAGUUCCUGCGGAAGGUGGCAGCACGCGCUGAGAGCGUAUUCGCCAGUGCCGCAAGUAUCAUUCUUGGUGGUCCUGCAAGAAUGAAGUACAAACUGGUGCCGGAGCUGUCCCCAACCUUGCGCACGAAGAUUCUCCGCAUCACGACCUUGAACUGCAACGCUGGCCUGCUGGGCUUGCGCAAAGCUGCUGCGCAAGUUGCUGAUGCCCGGGAGAACCAGAUGCAGAUUUCAGAGACAAACGCAGUUCAGCACUUCUUAAGCUAUUUGCAGGAGCACCCAACUUGGACUUGCUAUGGAGAGGCGGAGACCAGGAACGCUCUGGAGCUGGGUGCUGUUAAGGAGCUGCUGAUCGAUUGUCGAGAAAACAUUGGCGGGUGGCUGCAGCAGUCGAGAGCCUGUGGGUCAACAGUUAGGCAAGUCCAAGCAACCACAGAUUCUGGUGACUUUUUCUGCCGACACUUCCGGGUUGCCGGCCUGCUGCGUUGGCCAGUGCAGUUUUUGGAUGAAGUGGAGGAGAGCGAUUCUGACUCUGACGUCAGCACAGCUGCCAGCAGCUAUGAUGUGCUUCCCUGGCUGCAAGAUGCCUUCCUGCGCGCAGGGCUAGACGAGGCCGCUACCGAAUCCCUGGCCAUGUGCGUUGACGUUGUCCUCUCGUGCGAGGACCAGAGCCCCGAGGAGCGUUUCGACGACGCCUUGGAGCUCCUGCGCGGCCAGGGCGUGCCGGCGGAGGCGCUGGAGGAGUUCUGCCUGCAGAUCGGCGCUGUGUCCGAGUGA